AUGUCUACAUCGUCUGGGAGGGAUGGUCUGGCGUCGACCAUUCGCAGAAUUGCAAAUGACCCAGAGAAACGUGCUGUUAUGGUGGAGGAUGAGAUCAAACGUAUAAAGGAACUUCAAAGGAAGAAUUUGCAAGAAUAUGAAAACACAAUUUCUUCCUUGUUAGUGUGCCUGGAAAGCUUUGAUGUGGUGCAGAGCGUUGCGCCUGAGAUUAAAUGUGCCCUCACCGUGCUUGACAUACUGCUUGGUCUUGGAUUGACGACUAUUCAAAUGUCUCAAUGCAACAGUUAUGCCCGACUUUGUCUCUGUGCACUAAAUGACACUUCUCUUGCGCCGGCGGCUGCGCAGACAUUUGCUAAGACACUUGUAGACGGUAUGGCAUCAGACUUUGCUCGUGGUGAGAUUGAUGAGUCGCUUUCAUGGAUUGAGUUGAGCGACGUCACUAUGCGAGCCAGAAGAAUGUGUGGGUUGCUGGUUCUGCGGGAGGUAGCGCUACGGAUUCCAAUGCUGAUCCUUUCCAAGUUAAAUAUUCUCUUUGAAAAAUUGUGGAGUGGUUUGGCCUCAUCGGAUGAGAUGAUACGUGACACAUCGACGCAAUUAUUUAAGGUGUGUGGAAAAUUACUUAGUAGCCGAUCACCGACGUUGCGUGCCAAAACAGUAGACGCAUUACUUCACCAGCUUAAAUCCAAUCUCGCCGCAAAGUCACGAGAUUGCAAUUUGGCUGGCUUGCUAGCUUUUGAGACGGUAGUGAUGAGCUCAAUGGGUUGUCCUUCUCAGCCACGUUAUGAAGAUUUGUCCAUUAUGUUGCUACCCUAUGUCAUGUCUGGUGGAUCUUCAACGAACUCCGAAAUUGUGCGGAAGCUUCUUUUUCAUUGUCUUGUUGUGCUUUGCCGGUACAGCACGACAUUGUUUAUAGCCAAUCAACUGAAGGACACGGUGAGUUUUGCCCUGAAAUCUAUCCGAAACCUGUUCCAACACUGUGCUGCUUUUGACAUGCUUAGUGAAAUUAUCCCGAUGGUUGGUAAAGGAGCCUUUACGCCUUUUGCGAAAGAGACAUGCGAAGCCGUCCGGUUCAUAUCUGAACGUUCCCCUACACCAUGCUGGGAGUCACUGAAGUGUUUCUCGGUGAUAUUUAGAGAGUGUCCGUUUGCGGAUGUUGAGAGUUAUAUCGAGUCAUGCAUAGAAAAUAUUUUUAACUGGGGAUUGUCAUCACAGCUGAUUGAGUGCAUGAGAGACAUUAUUUCGUCUUCCAGCACAAAAUGCCGGACGAAACUGGAGGAGGCGCUUUUGGACAUGAUUUCUGUGACGCUUUGUGGUUUACCAUUUCGCCAGGUUACGGGGACUCGAACAAAGGAUGUUAUUUAUCCCGAAUUGGAGCCAACAGAGAGCCAAAUUGUGGUAGCGCUUAACGCAUUGAUACAAUUUGGAUUUUCUGAUUCUGAACUUAUGGGUGACUUUCUUCGUGAUUCCGUUCUUCCGCUCAUUGAUAAUCCGAGUGCGUCUGUGCGGAAUGCUGCCAUUAGCACCAUCGUUUCUCUUUUGAUUCCGCCUGGAAUAAAGGGUGAGUUGACGAUGGCUCGUCGAAUAUGUGUGGAUAUGAUUGUCUCACGCAUGCUUGUUGUUGGACUGGCAAACCCGGAUCCGGUGAUACGAGCGACCAUUCUCUCCUCUUUUACUCCUUCAUUUUAUCCGUAUCUCAGUGAGUUGCAGUUUUUAACUCAGUUAUUUUCGGCACUUGGGGAUGAAGACAUACGGUGCCGUAUUGCCGCAACGGAGUUGUUGUGUCGAAUGGUGAGUCAUGACCCGUCGCAUAUUUUGCCUGUUUUCCGCAAAGAGGUCCUACAUAUUCUUUACGCACUCUCUAGAGACGACAAUAAAAAUACUGUACUAAAUGGACUUCUUUUGUUAGAUGCGGUUGCGUCCAACGCUCCUCAAUUUGUGGUGAACUUAACGGAUGGCAUCGUUAAAGCUCUUGGGCUUCACUUCACAUCGCUUGAGAUUCACUCGCAAAAAUUACAACCACUUCUUCGUUGUUGUACUUCCGUCGCUCGUGCAGUGCGUUUUUUUGGUCACAACAAACCCGUUUUUACAAAUGAGGUGGAGCGUGUUUGUGAGUUGUUAGACAUGCUCCCGCUCGAUACGGAGUUUGCUACCUCUCGUUUAUGGUGUCUGCGAUUUCUUGGCGCCGCUCUCGGUCCUCAAAUUGGGGGCCGUUCACCGUAUGAUGUAUACCCACACCUGUAUCGUCGUCUUUCUGGAAUACUAAAGAAUAGUGAUGAUGACCUGAAUUUGCGCCUUGAGGCACUACGCUGUGCCGGGACUAUUGGAGCAUUGGACACCAGUGUCUUUCAGUCACUGGGUUUAGGCCACAGUACACAUCAAAUUAAAUUGGAACGAGGCACCUCACAUGCACUUAGUCAUGCAAUGUGUUGCCGUUAUGUGUUAAGGGCCAUUGCUUCUUUGCUAGAUCCAAAUGAGAAACGAGUCUCGGUGAAUAAGGACACCUUGUUGCGAAUAGGCAUCCAAACGAUUCUGCAGAUUGGCGAAAGUUGCCCGUGUUCACGUGCUGAAAUGACAGUUGUGAUUCACCCCGUUGUGCGUGCUGCUAGUGAACUUAGCGCUGGACGCCUUCUUGGCGUUGUCUUGUAUGAGUUGACACAAAUCAUAAAGUACGUUGGGGCGGCUGCGCUUUCAGAGGUGAACGUUCUUUAUACGUUUUUUGAUGUGGUCUGGGACAGGUGUCCUGCAUAUCGCUUUCUUAUUGUACGUCUUGCCUCAACAAUUGCCAGCUUUAGAGACAAGGGAGAUCAGAAGUAUCGACAAAGUGAUGCUCGUGUAAUUCCCAUUAAGUUUGAUGCCCUCAAUGAUGCCGAUUCCUCCGAGUUUUUGAGAUAUGCUAUUCUAGAGUACAUUGUGAGGCACACGGAAACACUUCGGUUCUGUGCUGAGAUUGUUGUUCUCAACCUACUUCGUGCCACACAGCGGAGCUCUGUAGACUUUGUAGUGUAUGUUGUGACGGCUCUUCGUGUGGUGUGCUGGAGGUUAAACGCGGAUGAGCUUGCUGGUGUCAUUGUGCGUGGACUUCUUAGUGCCUUAAAGUUGCAUUCGUCAGCCCUUACGAGGGUCACGGAGUAUACAUCUUUUACGGAUCGAAUCAUGAGUGUCUUCUGUGUGCUGAUUGUCCAGCUACAGGGAGAGUUUAUUAAAUACUCUUCAGAGGUUAUCCAAACCCUCAAGACGCUCCGCAUAUCCAACUCUGAGUUCACGACGCUGCAAGGGCUAUUAAUAAAAGGAUUUCGUUGUGCGCUGAGUGAAACUUCACUAAAAGAGCAUCACGAUCAAGUUGUAUCCCUUCUUAAAAAAUGUAAAUCGAUGGCUGUGCGAGGAAUAUCUCGACUUGGAGAGGUAUGGAGUGCAAGAAGUAACACGGAAGACACAACAGCGGCAUUUGGCGAUGACGAGCGGCCUUUGCCCGUAGCGGAACAGCGAAUCAUUAACACAAUUAAAACGGUUUCACUCACAAAAGAGGAAUGGCUUCGAUGGAUCGAUCACUUCUCCAUAUCUGUCAUGCAAGAAUCACCAUACCGUGUGUUUCGUUGCGUUUCGCUACCUAUUGGAACUAAUGCAACUUCUCUUGUAGAAAGAUCGCCUGAGUUUACACAGGAUAUUUUGCGUCUUGCAUUUCGUGCCCUUUGGAACUUUGGAAGCGCAUCUAUUCGCUCCUCUAUUGUGGACUUUUUUCGACAAACUCUACAACAACCCAUAUGGACCUCGGCCGUACCGGAUGAUGUCAUCACCGGAAUGCUUUCCCUGAUAGAGUAUAUGGACAUUGUUGGGAUGACGCUUCCCAUAGCAGCAAAUGAUCUUUCUGAAUGUGCAUGGCGCCGGGGUAUGCUGGCAAAGGCGCUUUAUUGGCGUGAAGCCGCCUACCGUGAGGAUCCUGCAAGUACGGUAGAAUCCCUUAUUAUCCUUUAUAGUGAAUUACACCAGCGUGAUUCUGCUGUUAGUAUUCUUAGUCAGGCAAAUGAAAAUCAGAAACGGAAUUUACUUCAACAAUCAGGACUUCUCAAGCUUGCCGGGUAUACAGAGUUCUUGCAGCUUACACAGCGAGAGAUUGACAGAGACUUUGUGGGUUCUGAAACUAGUAGUGAGAGUUUGGCGAGACCACUGCCGUACCGAUCAAAAAAUUUUAGACGUAUUCGCGGAGUUGCAGGCCGUUCACUAUCAGAUGUUAAUGGAUCCUUUCGUAGUGAAGAUGCGACUCUUGACUUACAUUUGGAGCGAGAGGUAAGGCAAAUGGUGAGUUUAAGUGAAUUUGGAGAAUAUGACGAGGUGAUUCGUCAAUGGGAGGCGGUUUUUAAGAGGCAUAAGGAGAAGAAGGUGGAAAAUGAGGAUAAUAUUCUUUUUUAUGUCUCACAGUAUGCUGCAGACGCCUCCAUACGAUUGCAGUCGUGGAGUACGUUGGAAGACACGUUGUUAUGGAUGCCGCGGGAUAGUGUGCAAUACCACAUAGCACGGGCUGCGUUUUUUAUUCACAAGGGUCAGUACGAUGAGGCUUUUUUGGCUGUGGAUGAAGGCCGUAAACUUCUGCUAGAUGACCUUUCUGGACUUUUGCAUGAGUCUUAUAUAAGAGCCUAUGAAAUUCUUGUAAUUGCACAGGAAUUGUCUGAGUUGGAGGAGGUGAUGACGGCAAAACGCGCCAAGGAAACGUCAUCCAUGGAACACUUUCGUCGUAUUUCACGACUUUGGGAUCAACGUAUCGAGAUGAUGUCGCCUACUGUUCCUGUGUGGAAGCAGGUUCUCAGCGUGAGGGGACUACUUAUUCCCCCAAGUGAGGACGUCACAACACAACUGCGUUUUGUAAAACUCUGUCGACGUGAAAAUGCGAAGCAGUUAGAACGCUUCACCUUAUUUCAACUUCUUGGCCACCGCUGUCCAACUUACGAGCAGUUGAUGAGCUGCAAUGCCAACCCACGUGUGGUGAUGCAAUACAUCAGUUUUCUUUCCGCGAAUGGAGAGUUGGGUCCAAAGAGCCCGUAUGGUCUUGAGAGCGAUCUUCUUAAAAAACUGAUUGACACGCAUUCCAAGGUGGAGAACACGAUUUUACUCUCUCGCGCCUAUGCUCGCCUCGGUACUAAGACAGAGCUGAAAGAAGCCAUAGAAUGUUACAAGGCCGCAACGUUGUAUGAUCCCAAUUGGUUUCAUGCAUGGCGUAUGUGUGCUGAGGCGAAUGUUGAGCUUUUAAACACGAGCUACUCUGAAGCUGCGUACGCCGCGGCAAUUGAGGGUUAUAUUCAAAGCAUCAAGUUGGGAAACUCGGACUCUACGAUGAUUCAGGAUGUGCUGAAGUUGCUCACGUUACUGAGUCGCCACUCGGAUUCAGACAAAGGACUGAUAAAGUUGCGUGAAAAAGUGUUAGAUGUCUCAUCACGAGCAUGGUAUUUAGUUGUACCUCAACUUAUUGCUCGCCUGGACUCUGGAUCAGAUGACAGCUGCCAACUUAUUGCAGAUAUUUUGACUUCGGUGGUCUUUGAUUACCCACUUUCUUUGAUAUAUCCGUUGAAUCUGUGUGCCAUGUCGGACUCGGAGCGACGCAAGAAAUUGGCAACCAUGAUUCUUGAAAAAUUGAAGUCUAAGUUCCCUGUCAUUGUUCUUCAAGGUCGUAUUCUUAUUGAUGAGCUUCUUCGUAUAUCGGAUUUGGUCUACGAGAAAUGGUAUGAUCGGUUGGAUACAGCUGCAACGGCCUUUUUUGGCCGUAGAAACUGUCAUGAGAUGGUGGAGACGUUAUUGCCAAUGCAUGAGGAGCUUAAUAGAGCGCCGGAGACAAUUGUUGAAGCCGAAUUCACAUGUAAAUACAGCAGCCGCCUUCAAGAAGCACGCGAAUGGCUGAAGUCCUACACGCGAACCGAAUCGAUUGCGGAUUUACAUUCCGCUUGGCAUAUAUAUCAUGGAGUAUAUCGACAGAUUGAUGAACAAAUAAAGUCUCAGAAUCGAUUACAAUUACCAUUUUGUAGUCCAAAACUUUUUGAAGCGCGAAAUCUUUCAGUAGGCAUUCCUGAUGCUAUGCCGACGGAUGAUGGUAAUGUUUCUUGUAUUGCUUCUUUUAACGACACCCUUGUUGUUAUUGCGAGUAAGCAGAGGCCAAAGCGUUUAAGUGUAAUAACAACGGAAGGUAAAAAACAAAAAUAUCUUCUAAAAGGACGAGAGGAUUUACGGCUUGAUGAGCGCGUUAUGCAGCUCUUUCGUCUUGUGAAUACGCUGAUGAUGUCUGACUCAAGAACUUGCAAGAAUUUUGGUUUUCAGAUUCAACGUUACUCUGUGACUCCACUGAAGGACACAGUUGGAAUUAUCGGUUGGGUGGGUGGAUGUGACACUUUUCACGAGUUGGUCAAAAAGUAUAGGACUUCUCGUGGCGUCCCUUGUGAGUUAGAAUUGCGAAUGCUAAAUCAAAUUAUUGUCUUUGACCAGCCCAAAGCAUAUGACUUUCUUACCAUCAUGUCCAAGGUGGAGGUAAUGGAGUUUCUUGCCGACCAUACGACAGGACAUGAUAUUCGCAAAGCUAUGUGGGCUUCUGCUGCAAGCUGUGAGACUUGGUUGGAGCAGCGACAGGUGUUUACUACAUCCUUGGCAACCACAAGUGUGGUAGGGUACAUAUUAGGUUUGGGUGAUCGUCAUCCAAAUAAUAUGAUGAUCCAACGUACAUCUGGUUUAGUUGUUCACAUUGAUUUUGGCGACUGUUUUGAGGUUGCCAUGACACGUGACAAAUUUCCCGAAAAGGUUCCUUUUAGGCUUACUCGAAUGUUACGAAAUGCAUUGGACGUUUCAGGUGUUGACGGGGCAUUUCGUACGAUUGCAGAGACGGCCAUGUGGGUAUUACGUGAUGGAAGUCACAGUGUCCUUGCCAUACUGGAGGCCUUUAUUCAAGAUCCACUUAUCUCAUGGCGACUGAUGAAUCGACCAGGAGAGGAACCACAGGCAUCGGCAGAUCACCAAGCCUUUGAACAAAUGGGAGCCAGGAAACUUUAUUCACCGGCUGCAUUCACAGGGGAUCCCCCUAGGGAUAGUGUCUCAACAUUGGCUAUAAAAACGGCCUACGUUGCAUCUGUGGGGGAGGAGAUUGACAUGGUUCAUAAGGGCGUGACUAUCUUUGAGCGUGUUCGUUCAAAGUUAAAGGGUGAAGAUUUUCUGCAGAAGAAGGGGGGUACCGCAAGCAUGGAUCCCAAGGUGCAGGUGGCUCGGCUCAUAGCAGAGGCGACAGACAUUACAAAUGUUGCGCAGUCAUGGUCUGGGUGGUACCCGUUUUGGUAG